UCGGGGGGAGGGGGCGGUGGCGCCGGGAGCGGUAAGUGAGCCGCACCGCCAAGAUCGCGGAGACACACGCGCGCACCCACGCGCGCGCACACUCGGGGGCUCCAGGCGGCGGCGGCGGCCGCAUCCCCGGCAGCAGCUCCCGGCGAAGUGACAGGAGACGACAGGUUCUCUGUGAUCUGGAAUCCUGAAAUGUGAUCUUCCUUAAAAAGAUGAUGUAACUGACGAUGUGUCACCUGCUGUUUUCUCUGGAAUGAACGUGCAGUAUUGUGGCCUCUGACAAGUUUCCACUGCUGCCCUUUUCUGGGACUCAUCAUUGUUGGAAGCCCUGCCCUUGCCUCUCAGUACGUUCCUCCUUGCAUUGCCACAAAUACCAAGGCCUCCUCCACUCCUUCCCUCUGCCGGCACUUUCUACCCAUCAGAAGCCUGUGAUAAGACGGCGCUGGGAGCUUGACUGAGCAGACAUCAUUUGCAGUUGGUCCAGAGCCGUCUGGUCUUGAAUAUAAUCAUGGCCAAACCUUAUGAAUUUAACUGGCAGAAGGAAGUUCCUUCCUUUAUGCAAGAAGGAGCAAUUUUUGACAGAUAUGAAGAGGAAUCCUUUGUGUUUGAACCCAACUGCCUCUUCAAAGUGGAUGAAUUUGGCUUCUUUCUGACCUGGAAAAGUGAAGGCAAGGAAGGACAAGUGCUAGAAUGCUCCCUCAUCAACAGCAUUCGGUUGGGAGCCACACCGAAGGACCCCAAAAUCCUGGCUGCUCUCGAAGCUGUUGGAAAAUCAGAAAAUGAUCUGGAAGGGAGGAUAGUUUGUGUCUGCAGCGGUACAGACCUGGUGAACAUCAGUUUCACUUACAUGGUGGCCGAAAAUCCAGACGUAACUAAGCAAUGGGUAGACGGCCUGAGAUCCAUCAUACACAACUUCAGGGCCAACAACGUCAGUCCGAUGACCUGCCUCAAGAAACACUGGAUGAAAUUGGCAUUUAUGACCAACACAAAUGGCAAAAUUCCAGUGAGGAGUAUUACUAGAACCUUUGCAUCGGGGAAGACAGAAAAGGUGAUCUUUCAAGCACUCAAGGAGUUAGGUCUUCCCAGCGGAAAGAAUGAUGAAAUCGAGCCUGCAGCAUUUACUUAUGAAAAGUUCUAUGAACUGACACAAAAGAUUUGUCCUCGGACAGAUAUAGAGGAUCUUUUUAAAAAAAUCAAUGGAGACAAAACUGAUUAUUUAACGGUAGACCAAUUAGUGAGCUUUCUAAAUGAACAUCAACGAGAUCCUCGACUCAAUGAAAUUUUAUUCCCAUUUUAUGAUGCUAAAAGGGCAAUGCAGAUCAUUGAGAUGUAUGAGCCUGAUGAAGACUUGAAGAAAAAAGGCCUUAUAUCCAGUGAUGGAUUUUGCAGAUAUCUGAUGUCAGAUGAAAACGCCCCCGUCUUCCUAGAUCGUUUAGAACUUUACCAAGAAAUGGACCAUCCUCUGGCUCACUACUUCAUCAGUUCUUCCCACAACACCUAUCUCACUGGCCGACAGUUCGGCGGGAAGUCUUCGGUAGAAAUGUACAGACAGGUUCUCCUGGCUGGCUGCAGAUGUGUCGAACUUGACUGUUGGGAUGGAAAAGGUGAAGACCAAGAACCGAUAAUCACUCAUGGAAAAGCAAUGUGUACAGAUAUCCUUUUUAAGGAUGUUAUUCAAGCCAUCAAGGAAACGGCAUUUGUCACAUCUGAAUAUCCUGUAAUUCUCUCCUUUGAAAAUCACUGCAGCAAAUAUCAACAGUACAAGAUGUCCAAAUAUUGCGAAGAUCUAUUUGGGGAUCUCCUGUUGAAACAAGCACUUGAAUCACAUCCACUUGAACCAGGCAGGCCCUUGCCAUCCCCCAAUGACCUCAAAAGAAAAAUACUCAUCAAAAAUAAACGGCUGAAACCUGAGGUUGAACAAAAACAGCUCGAAGCUUUGAAGAGCAUGAUGGAAGCUGGAGAAUCUGCUGCUCCAGUUAGCAUCUUAGAGGAUGAUAAUGAGGAGGAAAUAGAAAGUGUUGACCAAGAGGAAGAAGCUCAUCCUGAAUACAAAUUUGGAAGUGAACUUGAUGACUUGGCUCACAAGGAAGUUGUUGCAAAUAGUGUCAAGAAGGUUUCUGAUGACCUUGAACAUGAAAACAACAAAAAGGGCCUGGUUACCGUAGAAGAUGAGCAGGCAUGGAUGGCAUCUUAUAAAUAUGUAGGUGCUACCACUAAUAUCCACCCGUAUUUGUCCACAAUGAUCAACUAUGCACAGCCGGUAAAGUUUCAAGGUUUCCAUGUGGCUGAAGAACGCAACAUUCAUUAUAACAUGUCUUCUUUUAACGAGUCAGUCGGUCUAGGCUACUUGAAGACACAUGCGAUUGAAUUUGUGAAUUAUAACAAAAGGCAAAUGAGUCGCAUUUACCCCAAGGGAGGCCGAGUGGAUUCCAGUAAUUACAUGCCUCAGAUUUUCUGGAACGCUGGCUGCCAGAUGGUUUCACUGAACUAUCAAACCCCAGAUUUAGCGAUGCAAUUGAAUCAGGGAAAAUUUGAGUAUAAUGGAUCGUGCGGGUACCUUCUCAAACCAGAUUUCAUGAGACGGCCCGAUCGAACAUUUGAUCCUUUCUCUGAAACUCCUGUUGACGGGGUGAUAGCAGCCACUUGCUCAGUGCAGGUCAUAUCAGGUCAGUUCUUAUCAGAUAAGAAAAUUGGCACAUACGUAGAAGUGGAUAUGUAUGGGUUGCCCACUGACACUAUACGUAAGGAAUUCCGAACUCGCAUGGUGAUGAACAACGGACUCAAUCCAGUUUACAAUGAAGAAUCAUUCGUAUUUCGGAAGGUAAUCCUCCCUGACCUGGCAGUCUUGAGGAUAGCAGUGUACGAUGACAACAACAGGCUCAUCGGCCAGAGGAUUCUCCCACUGGAUGGCCUCCAAGCUGGCUAUCGACACAUAUCCCUUCGAAAUGAGGGAAAUAAACCAUUAUCACUGCCAACAAUUUUCUGCAAUAUUGUGCUUAAAACAUAUGUGCCUGAUGGAUUUGGAGAUAUUGUGGAUGCUUUAUCAGAUCCAAAGAAGUUUCUUUCAAUUACGGAAAAAAGAGCAGACCAAAUGAGAGCUAUGGGCAUUGAAACCAGUGACAUAGCUGAUGUGCCCAGCGACACCUCCAAGAACGACAAGAAAGGAAAGGCCAACACUGCCAAAACAAAUGUGACCCCGCAGAGCAGCUCGGAGCUCAGACCAACCACCACGGCCGCCCUAGGGUCCGGCAUGGAAGCCAAGAAAGGUAUUGAACUUAUCCCUCAAGUGAGGAUAGAAGAUUUAAAGCAGAUGAAGGCUUACUUGAAGCAUUUAAAGAAACAGCAGAAGGAGCUAAAUUCUUUAAAGAAGAAGCAUGCAAAGGAGCACAGCACCAUGCAGAAGCUACACUGCACGCAAGUUGACAAAAUUGUGGCACAGUAUGACAAAGAGAAGUCAACCCAUGAGAAAAUCCUAGAGAAGGCAAUGAAGAAGAAGGGGGGAAGUAAUUGUCUUGAAAUGAAAAAAGAAACAGAAAUUAAAAUUCAGACAUUGACAUCAGAUCACAAAUCUAAGGUCAAAGAGAUUGUGGCACAGCACACGAAGGAGUGGUCAGAAAUGAUCAACACCCACAGCGCCGAGGAGCAGGAAAUCCGGGACCUGCACCUCAGCCAGCAGUGUGAGCUGCUGAGGAAGCUCCUGAUCAACGCCCACGAACAGCAAACCCAGCAGCUGAAGCUGUCCCACGACAGGGAAAGCAAGGAAAUGAGAGCACACCAGGCUAAGAUUUCUAUGGAAAAUAGCAAAGCCAUCAGCCAAGACAAAUCUAUCAAGAACAAAGCAGAACGGGAAAGGCGAGUCAGGGAGUUAAACAGCAGCAACACUAAAAAGUUUCUGGAAGAAAGAAAGAGACUCGCAAUGAAACAGUCCAAAGAAAUGGAUCAGUUGAAAAAAGUCCAGCUUGAACACCUCGAAUUCCUAGAGAAGCAGAAUGAGCAGCUUUUGAAAUCCUGUCACGCAGUGUCCCAAACUCAAGGCGAAGGAGAUGCAGCAGAUGGUGAAAUUGGAAGCCGAGAUGGACCGCAGACCAGCAACAGUUGUAUGAAACUCCAGAACACAAACUGAGGCAGCAAAACCCACAACAUCAAAAGCUCACCCCCAAACAUCUAAACACAAAGCCCAUGGAAGAAAGUCGUCUUUUGUGUUUGUCCCCUUCAUGUAUAGACAAGCUGUUACCCGAAACCACCGACUUACAUACUUCUAGUUCACAUAUUGAAUUUCCUUGGUCAACCAAAAGUAGCUACAAACCCACCAAAAUUACCAUUCCAGUAAGGCAGAGUUUAACCAUUGGCAAUACAACUUAAACAUGUUUGCUAUCAAAAUACCAUCACAAGUAAGUGAGCCUGGUGUUAACAACUCUGCUUCGUGAUGCAUUAGGACAUGUUUGAGCUGCAGCAAAAAUAGUGCAUUAGCAAUUUAACUGCAACUGCAUGCACUAGAGAGAAAAACAAAACUCUGUCGACAAAUUCAUCAGCAGAAGUGGUGAUCGGCUAGACAAAUAAUUUUCUACAUCUAAGUUACCUCAUCAGUAAGUGCCAUGUCUCUACCAUGCCAUAUGAAGCUAAUUUCCUGUGAAAGUUGUGGAAAUUAUUAGAAAAAUAGAGCAGUAUACCUGUGCCAAAGCUCAUCAGUGCUCAAAGGAAAAAUCUGGUAGGCACAUCUAAGAAAGUUUACACCUGACAUUGCUUUCUAGGAAUUGUUUCAGCCGAUUCCAGCUCUUAUAAUUCACUAUUCCACCUUCAAGAUUGUGAAGUGGUAUUGGCAAACGUUUGUAAAUGUGACCAUGUAUAAAGUAUUUAUACUCCUAAUUGACAAUGUUAUAGAGCAGAUCAUCUAAGUAUUGCCACAUGACAAGAUUAGUAAACAGGACUACUAGAACUAUGUUUGCAUGAUACACAAGCACCAGUUAAGACUUAUCCAUACAGACACAGUUAACCUACCGCCAAAUCAAUACUGGUUAAAUAAAUGUAUGGCACAGAAUAUAAUUUGACUCUCAAGACUUUUAGCAUAACAAAAAAAGUCUAUAUAUAUGUGUAUAUGAAUUAUGUGGGCAUUCUUGAUACUUUAACUUCUAGUUUCAGAAAAAAAUACAUAACUAAUUUAAUUUUACACAAAAAUAUUUAUGCAGAUUUUCAGAAUUUCAUAUCAGGAAAUAACCUUUUUAUGUCUGUUAAAAUAUCCAAACAAUUUGCUACAGUGUUAAUCUGCAUGGUCUUUCAGCCCGCUGUAGUGGUGUUGCAGACAGCGCAUGAAAAGUGUUCCGCUGGGAAUUGAGCAGGCUGGCUGCUAAAGCUGAGAGGAGCUCAAGGAAAGCCAGUAGUCUCGAACCAAUCAGAUUACUGAUUCUGGGACACCAAACACCAACCGAAUUGUUGUAUAUGCUUGUACAAACUGAUUCUGUGUUCCUCUGAACAAAGCAGAGAAAAGUAUGUUCUCAUCAAUAAUGAAAUUAAACUUCCAACUUCUCUAAUAAAAAGUUAAAACACCUAA